CACAAAACAUCAAGUAAAUAAACUUAACAAUGGAGAGAAGAGAGAAACAUUACACGAACUACUUUGUCCAAAGCCCUUCUUCGGGUUUCCACGACCCGGAAUCCGAAUUCCAGUCCCCAUCUCGAUCUGACUCAGCGCCAUUGGUCUUAGCCCGCGUUGAUGAACUCCCUAGAUACUCGGAAAACAAGUGCGUGUACGAGGAUGAUCCAAAGAGGUUGAUGCCAUUUCGGAGCCCCGAUUCGGGUUGGUGGAUCGCUCUGCAAAUAUUGUGGAGGUUUUUGUUUAGCUUUGGAGUGGCAUUUCUGGUCUUCUACAUUGCCACUCAGCCUCCUCAUCCUAACAUUUCUCUUCGAAUUGGAAGAUUAAACCAGUUUCUAUUAGAAGAAGGCGUGGAUUCACAUGGAGUGUCGACUAUGUUACUCACUUGCAAUUGCUCUACAAAGCUCAUAGUAGAUAACAAGUCUAAUGUAUUUGGCCUUCAUCUUCAUCCUCCAUCUAUCAAAUUCUUUUUUGGCCCACUAAACUUUGCAAAGACACAAGGAACUAAACUAUAUGCGUCAAGCCAUGAGUCAACAACAUUUCGGCUAUAUAUUGGAACAAAGAACCAGGCGAUGUAUGGGGCAGGAAGAGAGAUGGAGGAUAUGCUUCAGUCGAAAGCUGGAUUGCCCCUAAUAUUACGGAUGACUCUAAUUUCCGACUUUCGAGUUGUUUGGAAUAUUAUAAACCCUAAGUACCAUCACAAUGUCGAGUGCUUAUUGCUUCUUUCUUACAACGAGGGACACAACCAAGUUACAUUAGUAAGAGAAAAAUGCAGAUUGGUAUCUUAAUUUAAUCAGAAAUUAUUCUGUUUAAAGGCAUUUGCAAGUAUUAGAACCAUGCAACUCAGAUGCCAUGAUGAACUUCCGAUGUAAUUUUGUUUAUUCAAUUGUUUUGUGAUGAAUUACAAAUCUCACAUCUUAUCAACUUGUGAUCUGCAUACAAAACCAAAACCAUAUUUACAAAAUAUAUAGUAAACCACUUGAAAUGUAUGCAGAUUAAUAGAUUAUAUCCCAUUUUUUCUUUUAAUUUCAUAUUAAUU